AUGAACUAUGGCAGAGUUGGUAGAGUUAGACUGGGAAUAAUGCAAGAAGCUACCAUGCAUCACCACACCAUGCAACACCACGCCACGCCACACCACACAAAAAGUUCCGCACAAGACAAGAAGAAGCAAAAAGCAGAGGACAUGGAUGACACACUGAUAGGGUUCGUAGCCAACAAAUGUGAUCUGCUAACUUCCACUGGAAUGAACCCCAAUGCCACUAACACAGAAACUCUUUCAACCAACAAAAAUUACCACAACGAUUUCAGAAACAACUGCUGCUGCUGCUGCAACGACAAUCAACAAAACAAGCGACGUAGCCAAUUUAUCGACGGCUUGAACGCCCUUACGCAUAACUCAUGCACUCGUGAUAAAUUUCUUGUCACAAAAGAGUUCUGCAACUUGAAUAACAGUCGAUGCAACACUUGCAACAAUUGCAACGCUAAAAUUACAAACAAAAACAACAGCAACAACAGCAACUACCGCAACAACAUCAACAACUGCACAGAAGAUAUCAUGAAUACCAGCGAUGUCAACCCCAAUUAUGACAUCAAAAACAAAUCUGCCAAGAACUUUCAGAUCGCCCUCGUAAACAAUGUCGUCUCUGACGUCAUCAAUAACAACGUCAUCAUCAUCAACGACAUCAUCAUUAUCGUUAGCACCAUCAUCGUCGUCUCGUCAUCAUCCUAUGUCGUGAACUUAAAUUAUGAUUAA